AUGUCUAAUCCAGGUUAUCAAUCGGAUAGUGUCCGUUAUACACCACCAGCAAGUCUUCAAAAAUUACAAGGACAAGUUGAUGAAGUUACUGGUGUUAUGAAAAAAAAUAUUCAAUUAGAAUUAGAACGUGGUGGAAAACUUGAUGAUCUUGAAUACAAAUCAGACAUGUUAAAUGAAGGUUCUCGACAAUUUGCUAUUCAUUCACAAAAACUUAAAAGCAAGUUUUGGUGGAAAAAUUGUCGAAUGUGGGUUAUUCUUGGUAUUGUUAUCGCUAUUAUUAUCGCAAUUAUUAUCGUUGUUGUUGUUGUUAAAACAAAAAAAUGA